GGUGUAUUUUCGCUAAGGGUGCGACGAGCUAUGGCCACAACUCUUACAACGAAGUCGGACUUUGUAUUUGUCCAUGGAAGAACUUGUAAUAAAUUACUUGUACCAAAGAUAGGAUCGAUGCCGACCGCUUUAGCCCGAAGUCGUGGCUGACCAAGAUGACACCAAGACAAGUCCCAUAGAUUGUAGAGGUUGACUUGCUCGUACAUAAGAGUCGUUGAAGCCACAACUUGGGGACAGGUCCUCUCUUCCAAGCAACAACUUUGCAACAUCUUUGGCAUUCCACUUCAGACCAUCAUGAUUUCCAUCUCUCAAUCAUCCAUCUUCUUUCUGGGAAGUUUUGCAGCUCUCCUAGGCACAUCUUACUGCGCCCCAGCAAACUCGCCGUUACGAGUAGAAACAUUCAUUCACCAAGAUGUUUCGCUCAAUAUGGUGUCUUCUCUCGUCAUCGGCUCUGAGGCUGCUAUGCUCAUCGAUUUACCGCUCGCCAUAUCAAGCGCUAAAAGCCUAAAUGCCUGGGUGAGAACCAAGACAAAUAAGCCUAUUGUUGCUGCCUUCACAUCGCAUAAUCACCCAGAUCAUUACCUCGGUGCCCGUAUUUUCCUCGACGAGUUCCCAAACGCGACGUUCUAUGCUAAUCCCAAUGCUGUUGAGGGGAUAACAAUUGGGGCACCGAUAACAUCCGCAUACUGGUCUUCGGUCAUUGGCCCCUCCGAGGUGGUCCAGAACGCAUCGGUCCCCACGCCCUUCCCAUACUCUUUCUUUACUCUUCCUGGAGACCCUGAGUAUCCUAUCCACCUAAUUCAGCCCUUGACUGGCGACACUGUUGACGAAACAUUAUUCUGGAUACCAUCUUCACGCACACUAAUUAGUGGCGAUACCGUAUAUGGUGGCAAAAUGCAUAUUUUUAUGGCGGACAUGCUCACCCCGGAAUUGACUGCCUCUUGGGUCUCGACGCUUGAUUUCCUCUCAAACAUGAAGCCGAAAGUCAUUAUACCUGGGCACUCGCUUGCUAAUGUGUCAUUUGUCGGGACCGAAAAUAUAAAAUCUACACGAGAGUACCUAGAGUUUUGGCAGACCGAAGUAGAAGCGAAGGGAUCGGACUAUUAUACCCCUCAAGAGCUGUACCAGCUCUUAGAUCAGCGUUUUCCUGGAAGGCAUGAUUCGACAUCAGAAGUCUUGCUAAACAUUACAGUUGAGAACUUUGGGAAAGGUGGAACUAGGUUCGCGCAUUUUAUAGAUUUCACCGUGUACACCGAUGAGAAGGAACUGGACGGGUGGGAGCUCUAGGAUCAUCAAUGUUUCCUGUCAACAGAGCUUUCCUUGCCCAAAGCCAACAUUUCAGAGCCACCAAGAUUAAUGAACCAGACUAGGCAAAAUCUGGCACUUUCCUGACACUUACGAUUCCAAGCUUGUUAAAAUCCAAUUGAAAUACUAAGUUCGCUUUAAAUUUUGAGACUUUUUGAA